AUGGGGGGUCCCGUGGGCAUCGGGUUCCUGAGAAUCAAGGUCCUGGAUCUGAGCCCUGGGCAGGAAGGAGCCCCCAAAAUCCUCAUCCCUGAAGCCACGGCCCAUCAAGGUGCCACCCCCACUGAGCCCUGUCCCUUCUCCCUUCCAGCCCAGACCCUCAGCCUCGCUGGUGCCCAGACCACCCAGCUCCUCGUGGAGCCCCCCUGGAGGCCGCCGGUGCUGUGGGACUCGGUGACACUGACCUGCCAGGGCUCGGGGACAGACAGUGCCACCACCUGGUACAAGGACGGGAAGCGCUGGUGGCAGCAGGGAGGUGACCGCCUCAUUGCCACGGAGAAAGGCACCUACACCUGUGACAGACCUGAUACCGGGCUCAGCCCCAAUAUGACAGUCUUAAACGACUUGCUGGUGCUGCAGGUGCCAGCACGGGCAUUGCUGGAGGGGGACACGGUGACGCUGCGCUGCCGGAGGUGGAUGGACAAUCCGCUCACAGAUGUGUACUUCUACCAUGAAGAGAAGUAUCUGAGGGGGCCCCAGGGUGGGACCGAGCUCUCCUUCUCCCCCCUGCAUCUGAGCCACAGCGGCCGCUACCACUGCGGAAGCUUUGUGAGCAAUGCGGUUGCACAGUGGAGUGAAUCAGUGCGGGUGACAUUGACAGUGCACAGCUUCCUGCUCUCAGGGGCGUCCCUGUCGGUGCAGCCCCCUGGGGGACAGGUGGCACUGGGGGACCGCCUGGUGCUGAGCUGCACGGUCGCUGCAGGGACAGGUCCCCUGUCCUUCUCCUGGCACCGGGAGGGCACAGAGGCUCUGCUGGGCACCCAACACCAACUGGAGCUGCCCCACGUUGGGGACAAUGACAGCGGCCAGUACUGGUGCCGGGUCAGCGACGGGGACAGCAUGGCCGAGAGUGACCCACUGAAUGUCGUUCUGGCUGAGCGGGACCCUCGGGCUGGGGUGCCCGUGGCCAAUGCCACCAUCACCCCCAGUCCCCUGGCACACCAGGUGCACGCAGGUGACCCCGUGACCCUGCGCUGCUCGGUGCAGAUGGGCUCAGCCCCUGUCACCUUCACCUGGCUGCACAAUGGGCAGGAGGUGGCCCGGGGUCCCCUCCUGGAGCUGGGGGACAUCGAUGUGGGACAUUCGGGCACCGACCAGUGCGUGGCCACCAACCAGCUGGGACAGGACGGGCACCGCGUGUUCCGGGCACUCAGCCCAGAGCUGGCCCUGGAGGUGACACCUGGCACAGCCUGGGUCACAGUGGCCGCAGGGUUCGGAGGAGCCCUUUUGUUUCUGUUCCUGCUCGUGGGUGUCAUUGUGGCCUGGCACACGUGGCACCGUGUGGCUGCCAGGAAGCAGCAGGAAAGGGUCCCCCCGGAUCUCCCGGCCCCCCCAGAGGAGGGGGAGGUGCUGUACACCCACGUCGUGGUCACCAAGGGAACAGGGGUGUCCCCCCGUGCCACCACACUCCAGGAUCCCCAGGUGACCUACGCGGAGCUGCGGGGACACCAGGGGCCACCACAGGAACCCGGUGACAUCUACGGGAAUGUGCUGUGA